AAGAUCAUGAUGAUAUCAAUUCAUCAUCCACAGGGUCAGAAAUAGAGAGUGAUGAUGAAAUUGAAUUAAUAAAGUUAAUUUUUUUUAUAAAAAAAAAACUUCAAGAUGAGAUUCUAUUACCUGAACAAAAAUGGCGAUUAGGAGCUGUACUUCAAUAUUGUUGA